AUGCCGAAGGAAGAAAGCCUGCCUACGCGGAAGAAGAUGAGGAAAGGGACUCAUAGUUGCUUCGAAUGCCGUCGGCGAAAAAUCAGAUGCAUCUACCCAGUAGACAACCCAAACGUCUGCUCGGAAUGCUUUGCACGUGGCAGCCGCUGCAUAGACCAAGAGCAUGCCGACCCAGAGGUUGUUGUUGAUCACAGGAAGAACCUUCGCGAGCGUGUCUCGCGGUUGGAGGCUCUCGUCGACUCCCUUCUCGAAGAGAAAACAGAUAGGAGCACCUCAGACUCCACAUCAAUGACGCAUUCGAACUCGGUAUCAAGGACGCCCAAUGUCGUCACGAAGGACACUUUUCCACCUACACCUCUUUCUUCAGAAGCUUCAUCAACCAUCAAUAUCCUCAAGGAAGCGCAAAGGGCACCAUCUGAUAGAGGACACCAUGUGCCUAUCCUGUCUAUCUUCGAGGACGCCCUCAAUGAUGCCGAAGAGCGGAUCAAAGCUCGUAUGGAACCACUGCGCAAGGACUUGAACCCUGCCUCGGCCUCUUCUGAGCGCUAUACUUUGAGCUACACUAACCCAGGCGACGUGAUGGAGAGCGGCAACUCUUUCGGUCAACAGGCCAAAAGAGAGCGAACCAAGCAAGCACUUCUCGCCAUGCUGCCUUCCUACGAGAAACUCGACAAGAUUCUUACUACCAACAGCGAGUGGUGGCAGACUUGGCGGCGGAAGUGCAGCGGCACAUCCGCCAGUGAUGAGACGCUGCCUCAAUUCGCGUCGAAGGCUCUGUCAUCUGGUAAUAUUGGCGCAAUGGGGACUGUUGUCCUAGCCGUCGGUAUCUGCUCAGAUGACGAGAAAGAGGUGGAGAAGUUCAUUGAGAUUGUCGAUCGAUGGGUAUUGGGGGAUGAUGAAUUCGCUGCCACUCUCGAGGGCAUGGAGUGCCUUAUUUUGAAGGCGAAAUGGUAUGCAGACGUUGGCCAACCUCGCCGCGCAUGGCUCGCUUACCGGAAAGGCCUGAUGUAUACGCAACUCAUGGGCCUCCACCGUAAGCGAACAUCAUCGGCAGCCCACGAAUCCAUCUGGUGGGCACUCUACCAUGGUGACCGCUUCCUCUCGUUGCUCCUUGGUCUCCCUUACGGCAUCUCAGAUACGCACUGCGACUUGUCGCUUCCCGACAUACCCAAUGGGCCAUAUAUGGCACCAUUGAUCUUUAUGAAUAAGCUAUCAAUUCUUGCAGGCAAGGUCAUCGACCGCAACCAGGGCAUCGCUGAGCAAUCCUUCGCUUGGGCGCUGCAGCUCGAUCAGGAGCUCGAAGAUCUUUACAAAAAGCUGGACCCGGCAUGGCUUGAAUACUCCGAGUUACUCGCCGAUAUUGAAAGCAAUGCCGCGGAGUUGCGUGAGCGAAUCAUGGCGCAGAUGGUCUACCACCAGAUCAGAGUGUAUCUGCACCUCCCCUUCAUGCUCAAGUCGGCGGUGAACAGUCGCUUUACCUACAGCCGUACCGCCUGUGUCAAUGGGUCGCGCGAAGUCCUAAAGCUAUACCAAGCGCUAAGAACUGGAGAAGUACAGCCACUCUACGAAUGCAAAGCCGUCGACUUCAUCGGCUUCACCUCCGCAGUCCUGAUCGUCCUUGGCCUCUUCAAUUAUGGCGCAACCAAUACGCCCAUCUCCCCUGCCGCCCGCGAAGCAGACAUCCGCCUCAUCGAACAGUCCAUCGACAUCUUCCGGCGAGCCUCGUCCGAGAAGGGCGGAAAGGUCGCCCUGCAGUCCGCCGAGGUCCUCGAGAAGAUGCUCAACAAGUUGAAGGUCGAGAUUGGCCAGCCAGCCAGCAACAGCAACCCGAACGAGCUCGACGACUGCCCCGGCAUGUCCGAAUUCGUGAUACCCUAUUUCGGCACCCUGCACAUCCGCCGCGGCGGUCGCCCUGUGUGCCACACCGACAUGAGUCACCACGACAAGCAGAUGAAGCUGGGGGCGCGGAGCACAAGCCCCCUGAACACAGCAAUAGCAGCCAAAAGCACAAACGCCCAGUUCACGCCGCGCUCCGACCUGACGAGCAGCGCGGGCGACUUCUUCAGCCAAAGCUCAAUGAGCAACCCAGGCCUCGUGACGCCCUCGACGACGAACACGUCGGCGACGUCCCCGAACCAGGCUUCGGGCUUCACCGACCCGUUCAUCUCGUACGACGGGUUCUACAACUGGGGCACCGCGCUGGAUACGCAGUCGCAGGCGGGCACGGCCUCAGGGACGCAGAUCAACGACGACUCGUUGAAUAACUUCCCGCUGCCGACGAACAACUUCUCGUGGCAGAAUAUGCCGAUGGAUAUUGACCAGGACUGGAGCUGGUUCUUGAAUGAUGGCGGGAAUGGGAGUAAUGCGACUACGAACACAAACGCGGCUGUGAACCCGGAUGUGUUCGCACAGCAGGGUUUUGUUGGGUUCGGAUAG